AUGCAACUUCGCAAAGCAGCUAUCCAUCCACUACUUUUCAGACGCCACUUUACGAAUGAGAAGAUUGAGAAAAUGGUCGAUAUCCUGCGAAAGAAAGAACCAGAUAAUUUCCCUCCAUCUGCUAAACGAAUCCAUCUUGUGGAAGAGAUGCGCAACGCUUCGGACUUUUGGUUACACACGUGGUGUGUAUUAUAUCCAUGUAUUAAAUCGUUCGAUGUUAAGAAGAAUGCUUGGAUGGAUUCGGGGAAAGUGUCUGCUUUAGUGGAACUUGUGACGAAAUACAAGGAGAAUGGGGAUCGGGUUCUUAUCUUCUCUCAAUUCUCGCUUGUUCUUGACAUUCUGGAAUCUGUAUUGAACACUUCCAUGAUCACAUACACUCGUAUCGAUGGUGCCACCAAAAUUGACGAACGUCAAUCUUUGAUUGAAAGAUUCAGGGACGAUACUGAUAUUACGGCUUUCCUCUUGACGACCAAGGCAGGUGGAACAGGUAUUAACUUGAUGUAUGCCAAUAAAGUUAUCAUCUUCGAUGGUAGUUUCAAUCCUCAAGAUGAUGUGCAAGCAGAGAAUCGUGCUCAUCGUGUGGGACAAACUCGCGAUGUGGAAGUUGUCAGAUUAGUCACUCGUGGUACAAUCGAAGAAGCCAUUUGGAAAAUGGGUAGAAGCAAGUUGAUGCUGGAUGGAAGAGUGGCAGGGGAAGAAGGUGAAGAAGCGGGCGAGAAGGCUGUGGAAAAGAUGUUGUUAGAGGGUGUUACAAUUACGGAUGAAGAAGCGGCCUCUGUUGCUGAGGGUCAUGAAACUACGCCCAAGAAAAAUGGGAAGGGCAAAGCGACGGGGCAAAAACUACCGGAUAGGAAGAAAUCAGGCACGUUUCUCGAUUUGGCGAUGAAGGGAGCGGAGAAAGAUGAUGAGGAUGAAAUGCUUGUUUGA